CCUAUGGCCGAAUCGGGAGCUUUGAGCAACGACGGCGGGAGGAGUUUCGUCUGCUAAUUUCCUAACCUCUCGAACUGUCAGUCUCUGUGGAACGUACUUAUGUAGAAAAAUCAGAGCAACCAAAUUUCUUACGAAUUUCUGAUAUCUUUAUUACCUUCUGUUAUUCACGUUCGAAUUCACUGGAACUACUUCGACGUUUAUUCUAGUUCUGAAACGGACAAUCGGAGAUUCGUGAAGCCUGAAAAUGACAUCUAUAUUCGAUCAGUACGAGCAAGAUUCUCAGAGGUCAAAACAUCCUGUGGCUCCGUCUAUCAGGCCUGAUAUCAGCACGACUGGAUUCAUUCACAUGAAGCUUCGGGAUGAUGGUCCCAUAUUCACCAAACAGAAGGUGAAUUUCUUGCCCUCGGACGAUAUCACGCAUCUCGCAGUCAGCAGCAACUUGAUUGUCAUCGCCAUGGCCAACAACGUUCUAUUACGCAUAGACAUGAAGCACCCAGACAAACCUGAGGACAUCGACAUCUCAAAGUACUCGGCGAACAUGAAAUUGUCCGGUCUUUUUCUGGAUCCCCUUGGAUAUCAUCUGCUACUCGCAAUGGUUCCUAGCAAAGGGGACACUCCGCCUGCAGAGCUCUUUUAUCUACACAGAAAAACGACAAAACUUAAGCAGGCUGGAAAAUUCAGAGGUCACGAGAUCACUGCUGUAGGAUGGAAUUUCGCCAACACUUCAGAGACCACCUCGGGUCCUAUACUGCUCGGAACGUCAAAGGGGCUGAUUUUUGAGACUGAAAUCGCGCUUGAUGGUGACAAGAUAUUUAACACGAGCCUGGAGCAGUAUUGGAGGCAGCUUCCCAAUUAUCUGCCUCUCUACGGCAGUAAAGAGGUAGACGGACUCGUAUUCGACAUAGGCGAGGAGAGUAAGCCGCCCAUCACAGGUCUGGAGUUUCAUAGAUUGGGAAACAGUGACAGAUACGUAGUGGUGGUUACAACUCUGAUCAGGAUUUACCAGUACAUUGGCUCUGUCACUACUUUGGACGAGAAGCCGCUGCUUCAGCAGAUUUUCAACAGAUAUUUAAACGCCAAGGAGAGAUUCAAUCAGUUGGACAGCACCCUGCCUUAUUCAAAAAUGCAGUUCUAUUACUCGGAACCCAAACAGCUGCCAAAGUCUUUUGGCUGGUUGACUGAAACUGGUAUAGUAUACGCUCAGAUAGAUCCCAACGUCGACCCGAAAAACGUGUUGGUGAAUAAAAAGGUGAUAACGUGUCCGGAAACGAGUCUGAUUGGUGGAAACAUUUCGCAUUCGUCGGAAAGGCCGCUAUCGUUUGUGCUGACCGAAUUUCAUACGCUGCUUUUGUACUCGGACCGCGUCAAGGGACUUUGCCUUCUCAACCAAGAGCUGAUCUUUGAGGACAUCUACAACGAUGCAUUCGGCAAGCUCGUCAACAUAACUAAGGAUCCCAUGACAGGCUCUAUAUGGGCCUUUAGCGAACGCGCUGUCUUCAAAUACAAAGUCACCAAGGAGGACAGGAACGUUUGGCAGAUUUACGUUGACAAGGGUGAAUUCGAUCUGGCCAAGAAAUACUGUAAGGAUAACCCGGCGCACAUCGAUCACGUGCUCGUAAAACAGGCGGAAAUGUUAUUUGGAAACAAGGAAUACGAUCGGAGCGCGAUCAUUUACGCCGACACGCACUCGUCGUUCGAGGAGGUGUCAUUAAAAUUUUUGCAGGAGUGGCAAAUCGAGGCAUUGAAAACGUUUCUGAAAAAGAAAUUAGAGGGACUCAAACCGCAGGAUAAAACUCAGGUGACAAUGAUAGUCAUCUGGGUUGUGGAACUAUUCAUGAACCAAAUGGGUGCUCUGAGAGGCGACCACACUUCGCAUCUCCAUAAUCCGCGAUAUCAAGAACUGCAGAAACAGUUUGAUAGCUUUUUGGCAAUACCGAAAGUUGAGGAGUGCAUUCGAAUGCACAAAAGCUCGAUAUACGACUUGAUGGCGAGCCACGGAGACAAGGAGAACUUGAUUCGCCUGACGAUAAUGCACCGCAACUACGAGGAAGUAAUACGCCAGCAUCUGUACAAAAACAACUACAUGGAGGCUCUGAACGUUCUGAAAAGUCAGGGGAACAGAGAAUUGUUCUAUCAAUUCGCAGGCACGCUCUUGCAGGAGCUUCCGAAACCCACUGCACUCGCGCUCAUCUCUCAAGGCUCGAUGCUCAAGCCGUCCAAGCUUCUGCCUGCUCUGGUCUCCUGCAACAACGACGAGAAACACGCCCAGGAAGUGAUUCGCUACCUGGAAUUCUGCAUCUACAAACAAGGAUGCCAGGAGCAGGCGAUACACAAUUACCUUCUGUCUCUGUACACACGCUACAAGCCAGACGAGGUGCUACGAUACAUCAGUUCCCAAGGUCAAGAUAUCGGCAUGGUUCCGUACGACGUUCAUUUUGCACUGCGGCUCUGUCAGGAGGUGAAACUAACCAAGGCUUGUGUCCAGCUAUCGGCGCUGCUUGGGCUCUGGACGGCAGCGGUUGACUUGGCGUUGACAAUAAGCGUCGAUUUGGCCAAGCAGAUCGCCUCUAUGCCUUCGCAGAACGACGACGAGCUAAGGAAGAAGCUUUGGCUAAAAAUAGCUGAGCAUGUGGUGAGAGAGCGGGAUGAUAUCAAACAGGCAAUGGAGUUUCUGCAGCAGUGCGAUUUGGUCAGAAUCGAAGACAUUCUUCCGUUUUUCUCGGAUUUCGUAACCAUCGAUCAUUUCAAAGAUGCCAUCUGCAACUCUUUACAGGAGUAUAAUCAACACAUCCAAGAUCUCAAGGAGGAGAUGGAAGAGGGGACCAAGGCAGCGGAGCUGAUCAGGAAAGAUAUACAGUCGUUUAGAAACAGAUGCAUUUUCAUCCCGGCCAAGGACACCUGCAACACUUGCGAUGUUCAGCUGCUGCUCAGGUCGUUUUAUGUAUUUCCCUGUGGCCACAGAUUCCACAGCGAUUGUCUUGUCGCCGCCCUCAUUCCCAUGCUCUCCAUGGAGCAGAGAACGAAGCUCGCCGAUCUCCAGCGUCAGUUAACCACCGUUUCUGGGAAAGCGGAGGACACAAAUUCCAUCGGCUCAGUUUCCCUGUCCACCAAAGAUCAGAUCAAAGCUGACAUCGACGAUCUUAUCGCUUCCGAGUGCAUCUACUGCGGAGAGCUGAUGAUCGAAUCGAUAGACAAGCCGUUCAUCGAGGAGGAAGAUUACGAGAGAGUGAUGAAAGAGUGGGACUGAAUGACACUGUGGAUAAUCAAAGGAGUCGUAUUCUUGAUUCUCUACAACAACUAGCGGAAAUGAUUUUUUAAAUACUCCGAAGCGAGAUUGGAAUCGAAAUGAAGAGCAGGUCAGUGUAUUUGAACAACAAAGCUUCUGAUCACUGGCUUGUUAUUUGUAUAGGAUUGUUCACAGCAGCAAUAAAGAUCCCAGUAGGGACGUAAAGACAA